AUGCGACACAACGUUCACUACAAUCCAGUCCACAGGCCACAAACCCGCCCAAAUAUUAAUAUCAAUACCCACGACCAAAAACACUGUACCUGGUGUCAUCCACCAGCUAAAUCCAAAGGUUUAGGUCCACCGACAUCGUGUGAACAACAAUACGAACCAAUCUGUUCAAACCCAUACGCUCUCGAAAUCCUUACCAAAAAGACAUCAUUAUCCCGACAAGCAGUUCUAAACUCCAUGAUGCUUUCUUCGAGGAAUAUUCAUACUACACCGAAGAUGAUCGAGUCAUCAUCACCAUCAGGUGAAAAAGUUACGAUUGGUAAAAAGACCAAAUCGAGGAGAAAGGGAAACAUGGGUUGGAGGGAUUAUAAUGAAGAAAUGGAUUUGGAUCAAGCUAGGUUGAUCAACUGGGAGAAUGAACAGAAUUUUGAAAGACAUGAUGUUGUCUUUGAAGAGGAUUGGCCGACAGAGGAUGAAGUUAUUUAUGGAGAGUAUUUGAAGACGGUGUUUCCGGAGUUCAGGGCGGCUUUGAAGGAUAGACUGAGGAAGGGAUUGAUGGAGGAUCAGAAAGUGGUUAGUGAUCAGGAACUAAGGAAUAUGGGAUUACUAUAUGACUCUAACUCUGACUCCGAAGAAGAACAGGAACGUGCUCUGGAGAGUCGAGGUCCCAAUACACCUGUUUCACGCACACCAUAUUUGACUCCCAUGUCCUUCCUGUCGGACUCAGAUCUUGAUGAACUAUGGGAGAUUGUCGAGGGAAGACGGUUGCCGGUUGAGAUGAGAGGCGAGUGGGAUAUCAUUAGCGAGUUUUGA